AUGUCAAAAGAUCUCGAGACAGGUGAGCCCAUGGCGCCUGUGCUAGAUGAGAAACCUCAGCAUCCGCGAUCGUUCCUCUCGAAAAUCCGACUUCGUUUGCCCGGCCAAACAGCUCCCUUUACGCAUCCAGCCGGCCAAUUCAAGUCCGACGAUAGCAAUAUUGUAGACUUCGACGGGCCGGAUGAUCCGUAUCGCCCUAUCAAUUGGAGCUUCAAGAAAAAGGCCCUCACGACGAUUCUCUAUGGAAUGACGACUAUGGGCGCGACCUGGGCGAGUUCGAGUUACUCGCCCGCGGUCCCCGAUAUCGAGAAUGAGUUCCAGAUCGGCGAGGUCACGGCGACACUCGGCACAGCACUCCUUCUCUUCGGCUUCGGUCUCGGUCCCAUUCUCUUCGCGCCUCUCUCGGAAUUCUAUGGACGCAAAAAAACCCGUCUUGGUACCUUACUUUGUUUCGAUCAUACCGUUAUGAUCACCCGUUUCUUCUCUGGCUUCUUCGGUGGUGCUCCGAUCACCAACACUGGUGGUGUGCUUGCCGACAUCUGGACCCCCAAGCAGCGUGGUGCGGCGAUGGUCGCGUACGCAAUGGCCCUUGUCGGCGGACCGGUUAUAGGCCCCAUCGUUGGUGGAGCGAUCGUUGACAGCAACCUGGGAUGGAGGUGGACCGAAUAUAUCACAGGCAUUCUUCAAAUCACCAUGUUCACACUGGCAGUAGUAUUUAUUGACGAGACUUACGCCCCGGCCCUGCUGGUCUACAAAGCUCAACGGCUCCGCAUAAUGACUGGGAACUGGGCUCUACACGCGCGACAUGAAGAGAUCGAUGUUCAUUUCAGCGACUUGGCCGAUAAAUAUCUCCUGCGUGCCGGUGUCAACAUUCUGAACCAAAAGUUCUACCUGAAAAAGUUUCAGGAAAAUGGUAACAGAGCCGUCCCAGAAGCACGCUUGCCACCUAUGAUGCUGGGAUCUGUAUUCUUCGCCGCCGGAAUGUUUAUUCUUGGUUGGACAAGCCCGAAACAUAUUUUCUGGCUAUGUCCUGUUAUCGGAGCGGUCUGUCAGGGUCUGGGUUUCUUCACAAUCUUCCAGGCUGCUCUGAACUACUUAGUAGACACGUUCACGCGAUACUCUGCCAGUGCAAUUGCUGUCAACACUUUCAUCCGCAGUAUCUUUGGCGGCACUUUCCCUCUCUUCGCGACUAUCAUGUAUCGUCGCAUGGGCGUUCCAUGGGCGUCCAGCUUACUGGGAUUUGUCGGCGUUGCCUUGAUUCCAAUUCCUUUCGUGCUGUACAUUUACGGACCAGGGAUCCGGGCUCGAGGUAAAUGGUCAAAAGGUUCUGUUGAAGGGCACGGUCAUUAA